AUGUCUGAUUCCAUUGCGAUUGACCAGCCUGAUUUGUCCAGUCUCACCGGCUCUCCCGGCUCUAAGAGAAAGCGUGAACUGGACAGCCCAGGUGCACAGCGUGCUAAGCGUGCUUCUGCUGCUCCCCCUGCAGCCAUGACUGCUGACACUGCUGCAUUUAUUGAGAAUGCUAUUGAAGCAACUCACGCCGCUGCCGCAAACGGUGUCAACGUAGCAGACUUCAAUGCCUUGCAACAAGCUGCAGCUGCCGACCACACAGAUGCAUCUGAUCCCUCAAAUGCGACGAGUACCGCUCAAGCUGCACUUGGCAUGUAUCCUACACUUCACGUCCCUCCUUCGACAGAGGAGCAGUUUGCAGCUCAGGCAACCGCUGAUGGCGAGCACCAUCAUCACGAUCAAGCAUUCAACCCCGACGUUCCCCAGCCUGAUAUGAUGGACCCUUCCGCAGUCGGCCAACAACCGCCACCAAAUGGUGUUCAACCUGGACAUCGAUAUUCUACAUCCUCAGCUACUCCAAACCCCAAGCCUACCGUCGGCUCUGAGGAGUGGCACAAAAUGCGGAAAGACAACCACAAAGAAGUUGAGCGAAGACGGCGUGAGACCAUUAAUGAAGGCAUCAAUGAGCUAGCUAAGAUUGUUCCUGGGUGCGAAAAGAACAAGGGUUCCAUCUUGCAGCGCGCCGUCAGCUUUAUUUCACAGCUCAAGGAGAAUGAGCAGCAAAACAUCGAAAAAUGGACACUUGAAAAGCUGCUCACUGAGCAGGCCAUUACGGAGUUGAGUGCCUCCAACGACAAACUCAAGCAAGAAUGUGAACGUCUUUACCGAGAAUUGGAGACAUGGAAGCGAGUUGCACAGAAUGCUGGCCUAGAGCCUCCUCAGCCUAAGGAAGAGCCAAGCACGGGGGCGACGUCAAGUUAG